AUGAUAGUGCUUCUUCUGCUUGCCACAUCAACAUUCGCUAAACUUGUUCCUUUCUAUCGGUACGUUGCUGCUGUUCCCAACUAUCAUUUCUACACGGAUGAUCCGACUGAAAUUGGUACUACAACUAUAAAUGCUACCGGAAAUGCUGGGUAUCGAUAUGAAGGUGUGGCAUGUCUGAUUCAUAGUCCGGGAGACCCUCAGCCUGUGGAUACAGUGCCACUCUAUCGAUAUGUGAGCUUGAGCAGUGAUGAUCACUUCUAUACGACUAACUGGGAAGAGAUCAAUCUAAAACCUCCUAACAUUGCUGCUGGACCGUGGCGUAUGGAAAAGGUGGCUGGUUACAUUUAUCUCACUCGUGAGCUCGAUACAGUACCUCUUCAUCGAUAUGUACAUCCAGUCAAUUAUGUUCAUCUAUAUACAACAAGCAUUUGUGAAGUUAACACACUUGUUCUCGGUGCAACUGGAAAAGGUGGUUUCAAGUAUGAAGGGAUAGCUGGUUAUGUUUUUCUAGCUCCUCCACUAAAGAGUGUGCUAAAUGCUUGUUAA